CACUGAUUUACUGCUCGAGAAGUGAAAAUAACCGAGUUAGCUACUGAAAUACGAGAGUCUUGACUACAUUCCUCUUCUUUCAGUAUGAUCUCCUCCCUUAAUAUUAUCCGUAGUUACUUGCUUGCCUCAGUUUAUCGAAUAUUAGAUGACAGUCCACCACGACAGAGACAGAUGAUGAGCUUCGUAGAUGGGCGCAGAUGUGACGACGCAGAACGAAGAUCAUGAGGAGGCAGAAAGCCACGCUCCUUUGCGCGGCUGCGCUGGUGCUGCUGAAUGAGAGAACCACUGCGAGGCAGAUUGAUCAUCGGACCAUUGUUGAUCUGAAACAACGAGAGUUGUCCACCUCCUUCUUUCCUAAGAGUGAACAAAACAGUCACCCUCGCACGGACCAUGAUCGUAGGAACAAGAUACAAACUAGGAGCACAACAUCAACUACAGCAAC